AUGCAGCCUUUGCAGAGCCUCAAGGCGCCUUUCAUUGUCAACGACGACUACAACGCUUCUGAACAUAUCGUUCUACUGAGCGGCCAAGAUCACGACAGUGAAUGUCUGGGCACCGCUGAACUUGCUGCGUACUUGUCGAUGUCCGAGUACGGCAAGGCGCAGGAAAACUACCCCUUGUACGAUUAUGUCGCCACACAACCCGAUCAAGAACACGCCUAUGCCGGAUUUGCAGUGCCGUCUGCGGCCUCGCAAUACUUGCAUGUGCAGACGCCUGUAUCCCAUGGCCCCUCGACCGUACCGCAGGCGCCCUUCAUCUCUAGCGCCCAAUAUGAGACGCAUGACCUGCCGUAUCAGGCUCCCUUCCCAUUUAUUGAUGCAAGUUCUCGUCAUCUCCCGGAGGUGACUCGCUACCUACCCACUCAAGGCCUGCAUGGAAAGCUGCACGUCUAUAUUCGAACCAACCAGGACGUGUUGACGCCAGGCCCUCUGUUGUUCUGUAUCAUGUUUGGAAGACGACGAUGCGAUGCCGCGCUGACAAAGAUUGACCAGCGCGGUCCAUACUACCAAUAUGCUCUAGCAGUCGAUAUUCCUCCUUUCGAAACGACGGGAUGGCACGACAGCCAAGUACCACUGCUUAUGCACAUGGAAGAUGAGAACGGCCAGAGCCUCGGCGUCGUCGAGGUGGGCGACUUCAUGUAUACUGACGGCUCCAACUGUCAAGCCUACGAAUCACCAGCAGAUGGCUCCCGUAAGCGCAAGCUAUCAGACGAAUCCGUGGAUGAAGUCCAGUCGCCACCAAAACGUAUCGCAAGUCACACCCUACAAGGACGGCCUCAGCAACUGUCUGGAGCUGACAGGAGCUCACAGGGCAUCGCAUUGCCAGCCUCGCCUUACCCCUCGGCCGCCACCCCGAGCACGUAUGGCUUCUCGGACACUUACGGGAGGCCUCAGCAGCAACAUUCGGCAUACGGGCAGAACAUGUCGCCGAGUCUUUCGUACCAGUAUCCAUCGCCAGCAGUAAGCCGAGCGAGCGUUAUAGCGCAGUCACCUAGGAUCUCGGCCUACAGUCCGUAUUCGAGGGCUAGCCAUCUGAGCCGCAGCCCUGCAACAGCUACAGUGCCAGCUAUAUCUCGAUCGCGGGUUGCGACAUCGCCGGCCUCUUUGACGAAUCCACCUCUUAUUAGGACAUCGACGUUGCACCCUCCGCCGACCCCAGCAGUCCCCGCCACCGUAAGCUCCCAGGCCUUCAAUCCGUAUGCGAUGUAUCCCAACUCGAAGGCCGUGCUUGAGAUCAAAGGUGAACUGGACCGAAUGGCCGAGGGAUGGAGCCCCGAUGAGUGGGAUGCGAAGAGACGGCUCGUGCAAUUUCGUCGCGAUCAAUCUGGCAGCACGAUCACCACGUCUUUUGAGGCUGUCUCGCCAGAAACUCGCACUCCAAACAGCAUAUGCAUAAGCUGCAUCUGGUGGGAGGAGAAGCAGGAAUGCUACGUCACCAGCGUCGACACCAUCUACCUUCUGGAAUCGCUGGUAGCUGUGCGCUUCACCGUGGAAGAGAAGAACCGGAUACGCCGGAACCUCGAAGGCUUUCGGCCCUUGACCGUCACCAAAGCCAAAGCAGGGAGUGAACCAUUCUUCAAGAUCAUCAUGGGCUUUUCAAAUCCCAAGCCUAGGAACAUCGAGAAGGAUGUGAAGGUGUUUCCUUGGAAGAUGUUACCGUUAGCUCUCAAGAAGAUCAUCAGCAAAUAUUCUGCUAGCUAUUCUUCGACGGCUGGCGCACUUCCAACUCCAGCUGCAGGCGGCUAUGGCGGCGGACCUGCAGGGCCUGGCACCGAGCCUCCCGCCACGGCGUGUCCUCAGCCUGCUAGCUCGGCCCCAUCGGCCGCGUACAGUGUCAGCAUGACAUCUGCCGCCUUGUCACCAGUCGUCGGACGAUCAGCAGGCCCCCCAAACCUGCGAGUGGCUGUACCGCAGUUGGACUCUGGCAUCCAUUCCAUGUACCAGUGGCAGACAGCAUCGCAAUAUUCCGGUUUCCAGUAUCCGAACGCACUUGAAGCAUCUGCACGAGGCUCUCUGGACUUCUCGGCGUAUAUCGAUGGCAGCCCUGCUGCAGCCACGCCGGCAGCCGCGCAAUCACCGCAUCACCAAGGCCGUAGCAACUUGGCAGCCGAGCCAAACCCCAACUUCAGCAUCGAACCUUAUCAGCAACCUGGUCAGCGGACCAGUGGCGCCUGA